AUGGCCUCACAGCAGCAGCAGCAGGAGACUGUUGCUAAGCGGCGAAAUCCUCAGGAUUAUCGCCGCUUCAUCCGUUACAUGCCGGCAUCGCUGUGGCGGUACCUGCAGGAGGCACAGUUCUUGGUUGACUCUGUAGAGAAGCUGGGAACGUUUCUUUUUGGGCUGGGGCUUCGUCUUCCCAGCGAGCUGACAGUGGCCUACUUGACUGCUGCUGUGACCUUUCGCAACGGCGACAGCAGCUCGUUUCAGUUGCACCAGAACUUUCUGACGGUGAAACGUUUGUGGAAGCAGCUGUACUCCAGGCUCUCGAAGUUGCCUUCAGAGGGUCUGGAGCCUUGGCUGCAGGAGCUCCCUGGAAACAUGGAUGAGUUGCCGAAGCCUUAUGUCCCAGCCGAGCCACCGUUGCCGGAAGCUGAGUGGCCUGUUCCCCAGCGACGCUUAGACGAGCUUGCGGCUCGUGUGCCGUUGCGCAAGACCAACCGCGUUGUGGCAGAGCAGACGGCCCAGUCCAGCCAGGCUCUUGCUUCCGGGGCGCAGCCUUCGGGGCACCAACUUGCAGCCGUUGUGCAAGCUGCGGUGACACCGCUCGUCUCCAUGAUGAUGCAGGGUGGUCGCCAAACUGCAGCAGCAGACACUGGCAUAGGUCUGCCAGGUCUGCAGAUCCUCAGCCCGGGACGUCGCUUCAGAGGUAAGAGAAGUCUGGAACUUCAAACGCCGCCUCGCGAAGCAGCCUCGGCUUCCACAGUGCAAGCACAGCAGUUGGCGCUGCCGCCUCCGCCUGCCGCCACGCAGCAGCCACAGCAGGUGUCGCUUGUGACACCGCCUGCGGGCGAGGAGCAGCCACCUUCGUCGGCUUGCCUAGACUUGCAGAGCCCCCCGCCCAAGGCUUGCACGUUGCGCGACAACGCUCUGGAACUGGCCUCGGCCUUCAAGCAGUCCCAGGACAACCAGAAGCCACAGAAGGGCAAGAGGUUUGCCCGCCCGGCUGCUCAGACCAAGGUUUUUGCUCGCCCGGCAGCUGCCACGAAGCCCAAAGUUGUGCGUCAGUCACAACACAAGAAGCCAGCUGCUUGCAAGAAGCCUGCUGCGGCAGGAAAGCAGGCUCUUUCCCAGACUUUUGCUUGUGUGGUUUCUCGAGCCUACCACGGCGCCCGAAACCGCGCUUUGGCUGCGGGUCAGAGCAAAGAGUCCGCUGCUGAAGCUGGCCGCCGUGCCUACCGCAAAGCUAAGGCUGAGUUUGCGGCCUGA